CGCACCGAGCAGGGCACCGCGGAGCAGGCAGAAGGGCGUUGCUGUUUCUGGCAGAGCUGCAAGCACUGAACCACGCUGGGGAAAAAACAUGUAAAAGGAACUGGGAAGUCUCAUUUGCGUGUGCUGGAUGUCAAAAACGAUACUCUACAGAAACACGAGGGUUCAGCUGUUGGUUGGAUAAGGGCAGACUGCAGUCCUGGACUCGGCGUGAAUGAAAUAAGGAGCUCUCAGGGGUGUUGACGGGGAUCGGAACUGUUGUGAGGACGAUGUCCCCCUGCUGCGAAGCUUUUCAACAAUCUUAGCUCAUGCAUUUGAGGGCUGUGUUUUAAGCAUCCAGCAGAGACCGCAUCAGCUGCCUCGCCUCAUCAGUUGUUAAUAGGUUCUUAAUGGCCAUCAGUGAUUCCCUCUAAAUUAUGAUCCAGCCUUGAGGCUGUUAAAAAAAAUAUUUUAUGAUCACAUUUGCUUAAGUGCUGCUGCAGUGCUUUAUGUAAAUUAGCUGGCUCUUGAAUAGUUGCAGCAUUUUUAUGUAUUUUUUUUAUUCUGGAAAUCAUCCAGUAGAAAGUGAUAAUCAAUCUUACACCGGUAAACCCCCACAAGUUCACGAUGGUGGAGCCACGCAUAUAUGCCACGGGCAUGGCCGCCAGGCUGAGGAACCAGUGGGACCGUGAUGAAGGUCUGGGACAAAACCACAAAGCGGUGAAGUUCCUGGGUCAGGACUUUGAGUCUCUGAAAUCCCAGUGCCAAUGCAGCGGGAAACUGUAUGAGGAUAACAUUUUCUCUGCUUCUCAAUCGUCUCUGGGGUUCAAGGAACUCGGCCCCAGAUCCUCCAAGACCUCGGGAGUACGCUGGAUGAGGCCCACGGAGAUCUGCAAGCGGCCUGAAUUCAUCGUAGAUGGGGCGACCCGCACAGACAUCUGUCAGGGAGCUCUCGGGGACUGCUGGCUGCUGGCGGCUAUCGCCUCGCUGACCUUAAACGACAACCUCCUCCACAGAGUGGUUCCUCACGGACAGGGCUUCCAGCACGGCUACGCCGGCAUCUUCCACUUCCAGUUCUGGCAGUUUGGGGAGUGGGUCGAGGUGGUGAUUGACGAUCGGCUGCCGGUGAAGGAUGGGAAGCUGCUGUUUGUCCACUCAGCCGAGGGAACUGAGUUCUGGAGUGCUCUGCUGGAAAAGGCUUACGCCAAGUUGAAUGGCUGUUAUGAGGCUCUUUCAGGUGGGAGCACGUCCGAGGGCUUUGAGGACUUCACGGGGGGCGUGACGGAGAUGUACGAGCUGAGGAAGGCGCCUUCGAACCUCUUCGGCAUCAUCGGCAGAGCCAUCGAGAGAGGAUCCCUGCUCGGCUGUUCCAUCGACAUCACCAGCUCCCACGACAUGGAGGCCGUCACCUUCAAGAAGCUGGUCAAGGGACACGCCUACUCCGUGACUGCUGUGGACGAGGUGGUGUACAGAGGAAAUCUGACAAAGCUGGUUCGUAUCAGGAACCCAUGGGGAGAGGUGGAGUGGACCGGCUCCUGGAGCGAUAACUCCAGAGAGUGGGACAAUGUGGAUCGCUCUGUUAGAAGUCGGCUGCAAAACCGAAGCGAAGAUGGUGAAUUCUGGAUGUCGUUCAGCGACUUCCUGCGUGAGUUCAACCGUCUGGAGAUCUGCAACCUGACAGCGGACGCCCUGCACAACAGCCAGAUGAAGAAGUGGAGCUCCUCGCUGUAUCAGGGGGAGUGGAGGAGAGGCAGCACGGCUGGAGGCUGCAGGAACUUCCCAGCAACGUUUUGGCUGAAUCCUCAGUUCAAGAUCACGCUGCAGCACCCGGACACCUCCGGCGAGCCCGAGUGCAGCUUUUUGGUUGGUCUCAUGCAAAAAGACCGCAGAAAGAAGCGACGGGAGGGCAAAGACAUGGAGACCAUCGGGUUUGCUGUUUAUGAGGUUCCUAAGGAGCAUACUGGGAGAUCCGGAAUCCACCUCAAGCGGGAUUUCUUCCUCACUCAUGCCUCCAGCGCGCGCUCCGAGCUCUUCAUCAACCUGAGGGAGGUCAGCUCGCGGCUGCAGCUGCCGGCCGGGGAGUACGUCAUCGUCCCCUCCACCUUUGAGCCCCACAAAGAAGCCGACUUCUGCCUCAGGGUUUUCUCCGAAAAGCCGGCAGACUCGGAGGAGCUCGAUGAUGACGUCAUAGCAGAGCUUCCACCAGAGACUCCCCUGGAUGAGGGUCAGAUUGAUGCAAGCUUCAAGAACCUCUUCAGACAGCUGGCAGGAUCUGACAUGGAGAUCAGUGUCACAGAGCUGCAAACGAUACUCAACAGGAUCAUCAGUAAACAUAAAGACCUGAAGACGGAUGGAUUCACAAAAGAAGCUUGUCGGAGUAUGGUAAACCUCAUGGACACAGACGGCAGCGGCAAGCUGGGCCUGACGGAGUUCCACGUCCUCUGGGAGAAGGUCAAACGCUACCUGACCAUAUUCAGACAGUUCGACUUGGACAAAUCCGGCACCAUGAGCUCGUACGAGAUGAGGAUGGCUCUUGAAUCUGCAGGUUUCAAGCUGACCAAUCACCUGUUCCAGCUGAUCAUCCUGCGCUACACGGAGGAGGACAUGGCGGUCGACUUCGACAACUUUGUCACCUGUCUGGUCAGGCUGGAGACGAUGUUCAAAACAUUUAAAACCAUGGACACAGAUGCAGAUGGGCAAAUAUCCCUGAACUUCUUUCAGUGGAUCACCCUGACCAUGUUUGCCUAAUGAUGAAUGGAUUCCCGUAACUGCUGCACUACAUCCAGCUCCAGGCUCAGUAUCUGCUGCUUCAGAAGUGCCUUCUCGCCACCUUUUCUUCCUCUCUUCUGGGCUGCUCGCCGCUGAGACCCUCCAAUGAUUAGAAACAACAACACUUGGACUCAUCGCUGCAGUGCCUGCGUUGGAAACGCGUUGCCAGUUUGAACCUUUCUUGCCAAACAAAAGAAGAGCACUUCCUGUAGCCUAGCGGUCCGCUCUUUGACCACUGCACCUCGCAAGUCCUUCUAUGAGAAACUAAAUCUCACGACAAUCUUUACCAUUUCGAGUGUUGCUUUGAAUUGGUUUAGGUAGUCACACUGAUCACAUCAUGCAUUCAUUAGUAAAUGUUCAGUGCCAGCGGUGCAGCACUUUUCCCAGAUAUUUAAGGACCUGACUCUCUUUCCAAACAGAAACCACUUUUCUGCAACCCAGUAAAGAUUCAGUUUCUUACUUUUUUGAAGUCUAUUUCUUUUAAUGAGUUGAAAGGCCAACGUUUUUAUUUGAAUGUUUGCUGAUUACACACAUUUGACGUGCUAAAAUGUGCCAUUCAGCUAAUCAAAACCUCCAAUUUGUGUCUGGUUGAGCACCGCUCUGUACUUCAACCCCUGCAAUCACUUCACUCUCCACUACAAGUACUGUUUUAAGAAUGAAAAACUCUUGUUUUCCUCCAUUUAGGAUGGUUCCACAGACAGAUACAAUCACUUGUGCUUGAGGACAAAAGCGCAGUCUUUUCAAUUCCGAUCCCAAAUCUAUUUUUUUAAAUGCUUUUGAACUUCCUUCCUGCGAUAUAUAUCACAUUCUCAGUCUGAACCAAAUUAAGUUGUAAAUCUGCGUUUCUGGACUUCAGGAGUCCAUGUUGUUCUCAUUCUGGUCUGAGAGGCCGCUACCAUGUACAUUUCUCUCUCUUGUAGCCCUUCUCUUUAAGAGAAUUCACAUUAGUUGCAAUAAUGCACAUACAUUGAAGAGAAGAAAAACAUGGACUUCCAGCAAAGUGGUUUUGAAACCGUUUAAACAACUUGAUAAAACACAAAACCUCAAAAAAAAAAAAAAAAAAAAGCAACCAGCUCCUUCUUGGGACAAAUUCAGUGUAUGUGAGUGUGUUUACUCACCUGUAGCGGGCGUUGGCAGUAGCACCGCUGGCCUGGGGGCUCUCUGUUUACAACCUGUGCCAAACCUACCCCCCCCCCAAAUCAGCAUUAGGGGUCCACUAGUUAAACUCGCCCCACUGCAGUUUUUGCAGAGACGACGGUGUUGCACUGUAUUAUAAAGAAUGUGUUGACUUUUCUAUAUCCUGUUCUGUUUUAGUUUAAAUACAUACUUGCUUGUUAUUAUGCAUGACACUUUUAGACUGUUCUGCAUCAUGUUGGGGGGGAGGGGGGUGCCGGAGAAAUGAAAAUCUUUUACUUUUUUGUGAUGGCUGGAGCUAGAUUUCUCUGAAAAUGGGAUGUCGACUUUGCUUAGUUUUGCCUUGGAGUUUAAUGUUUAAGGCGAAGGUAAACAGUUAUGUAAGAAUCAUGGGUCUGUUGCAUGGAUGCAGAAUGAAGUGGGCAACCCGCCUCAAUGAUUUGCAGCAAGAAUUUUACUUUACCUGUCUCUUUUUCUAAACAAAAGGAUCAGCGGUGUUUUGAUUCUUUUUAUUUCAGCCUUUUAAGUGUUUCAUACAAUCAAACAGCAUUGUUUCCUCCGCCAAAUAUGUCAAUGUUUGCUUUUUGUGAAUGGAAGCAUUGCGUCUGGAGCACUUCAGACGGCAACCGCCAAACUCUUAACUUUGUAUCAUAAUCUGAUUGUCUUGGCCUCAAUCUCUGUUGCAUAAUGCUCACGUAACAUCAUGCCAUGUUGACGUGCCAUAGUCUGGGUCCCUUUGAACCCCUGCAUCAGUCCAUGGGAUUAAAGUGCAACUUUCUCUGUAAGUCUUCAUUAUUUGGAAAUAAACGUGGGGAGA